AAACAUACACCUAAAAAAAAAACUAAAACAUCAGGUCCAGUUGAUCAAUGUAGUAACUCUAAUCUUACAAAACGGGCUAUUAAUGUUGGAAAAUUAAUGUUAACCGAAUUUAAUAAGAAAGUUUCAAAACUAUAUAAUUCUAAUGAUAUACUGAUAUUGGAAAAUCUAAGUUAUUCAGUUAAAAAGCAUACCGGUAUUUAUGAAAUCAAUUAUAACAACAAUGAUAAGGUUAAAAAAAAGCAAAAAACUGAGUUGAUAGCUAAAACAUUCGAUGAACAAAAUAUUUCAAGAAAUUCUUACCGAGAUUUAUGUACUACAGAGUCUCAUUUACCAUAUGAAAAAUGGAUAUAUCAAGAAUGCCAAGCAAUAAAUAAAAAAAUGGUGCAGUUUAUACCAAUAUCUAAU